CCUGGAUUUGUCUUUACAGGCAGCACUUCCGAGAUGUAGAUACAACACACUAAUUACUUUAUCCAAAAUCAACAGCUCUUUAGCACAAUCAAAGCUCUACGUUUGACCUUAACCUAUAUUUAAUUGUUAGAUAUUUUGGGGGGACUGUACACAGCUUAGACAAAAAGGCUUGCCUGUGAGGUUACGCUGAGGGCAAACACCACACACGUUUUUUCUUCGCUUUGGACUCAUGUUGUUGGUCUUGUUAGACAGAAAAAGAACAAAACGUGGACGGUGUGCUUUAGCUACAUUAUUUGUUCAAUGUUUAAUUCAACCGUGGUGACAGUUCGACAGUCAUUUGGCCCUAAUUAAUACAAAUAACGGUGGUAAACAUAUAUAGCUGUAAAAUGACGGAACAGUCCUCGUUGCUUCUACGUAAACAACUAGCAGAGCUCAACAAGAACCCAGUGGAAGGAUUUUCUGCCGGUCUUGUAGAUGAUGACGACAUAUACCAAUGGGAAGUGGUCGUAAUUGGACCUCAGGACACAUUAUUUGAAGGAGGUUUCUUCAAAGCGACCUUAACCUUCCCCAGGGACUAUCCUCUGAGGCCUCCCAAGUUGAAGUUUGUCACAGAAAUCUGGCAUCCAAAUGUGGCAAAAAAUGGCGACGUCUGCAUCUCCAUCCUUCAUGAACCUGGCGAGGACAAGUAUGGCUACGAGAAGCCUGAGGAGCGCUGGCUGCCGAUCCAUACAGUAGAGACCAUCAUGAUCAGUGUUAUCUCCAUGUUGGCAGACCCUAAUGGAGACUCUGCUGCCAAUGUAGAUGCAGCUAAAGAAUGGAGGGACGAUCCUAAAGGAAUUUUUAAGAAAAAGGUAGCACGCUGUGUCCGGAGGAGUCAAGACAUGGCUUAUGACUAAGGCUUUUCCUACAGCCAUCAACACAAUUGGAACUGCACAAAGGAUUUGACAACUGGUUACACUUAAGAUGGCUAAAUGAUCCCAGGACUUAACUUUGUCAACUAGUCCCGGAAACAAAAAACAGACUCGCUGGAAAAAAAGUUAAUGUUCUCAUAUUUCUCUAUUCAUUUCUGUCCUGCAGUUCGAUGAAGGGCAUUGGGAUUCACGCUGCACAAAUUUCAAUUUCUCACCAUCAGUUGAAACGGUUUCUGGUCAAGCAUCAAGAUUUCUCUCACAGGAAGAUGAAUUAUACAGCCUCGUUCUUUCUUUUUGUAUAUACUCAUCAGAUGUUGAGGAAGAAACCCCUUUAAAAUGCUCCAUUUUGUUAAAAUAGUUUACUUGAUAUUUACCUAUUUAUUUAGAGGGACUGUUUUAGGAUGCAUAUGUUCUGUUAGGGAGGUUUUUUGUUCUCUUUCACCCUGCCCCACUGAGCCAUCCAGUCUACAGUGAUUUCAUCAAUUAUGCAACUUUGCAGUCGUUAAAGAGAUGGAAAUACGGACACUGGCUCUUAUUUCCUGGAAGAGUUCUGCAAAGAAAGUGUUCCUUCUCUCCCUGGGGGGCAAACAUAUCACCCGGCGCUGCCUUAACUUUGACUGCCAGCGAAGGAAACUUAUCGUCAAUAAGGACUGCAUCUGAAAGCUUGUUUGGAAUCCAGAAAAUAACAUUGUGGACAAACCAAAGAGAAUACACCAAUAAAUAUAUUUUUAAUGAACGUGA